AUGGGAGAGUGGCUACUUUCAACAGCCAACAGUAGUGUUGCAUGCGACCCAGCUGCUCAUGUCGUGACAAAUGAGCAUGAUCUAUUUGUUCGAGUUUUGCUCAUGCUGUUUAUGAUUACUGCUGCACUUAACUUGGCUCAUUUUCUUAAACAUAAAAAUUUUACCUAUAUUGGAGAGUCGGCUGUCUAUAUUCUAUUGGGGCUAUUGGUUUCUGCGGGAUGGACAUCCAUGACGUAUGACCCCGGAAACACGGCAAUUCAACUCAACUCCGAGUUUUUCUCCCUUGUCCUACUGCCUCCCAUUAUUUUCGAGGGUGGAUUUAAUCUUCAACGCAAGUCUUUUUUUAGUAAUAUUAUCCCGAUUCUUAGCUUGGCUCUUUUUGGCGCGUUUUAUUCGACGUUUGUUACUUCUGCCAUCAUGUGGGGCUUCUCACAGCUGAUUAUGGAUAGUGGAUGGACUGUGAUUGAAUCUCUUGUGUUUGGUGCUUUAAUUUCUUCAACCGAUCCUGUUACCGUUUUAUCACUUCUUCCUGCCAAUGUUGAUCGUCGUCUCUAUAUGUUGAUUUUUGGUGAGAGCGCUCUCAAUGACGCUGUUGCCAUUAUCCUCUAUCGCUUUUUUACCGGCCUUCAAGCAGAGGCAGCUGAUCUUGGCGUUCUUCCCUUUUUUGUUUCUGUUCUUACCUCAUUUGGUGUAUUCCUCGGUUCAUUUUGCGUUGGUGUUGUUAUUGCUCUCAUUUUUGCCAAAAUCACAAAGCACGUAUGGAUUACAGGAUACGACGGUGCCAUUUACGAAAUGGUCAUGCUGAUUAUUUUUGCUUACUCGAGCUACUUGCUUGCAGAAGUGUUGUCUUUGACGGGAAUCAUUAGUGUCUUUUUCUGUGGAAUUACCAUGUCGCAUUAUGCAUACAGUAAUUUGACUGAAUUGACUCAGCGUACGAUGAAGGUCACGAUUCGAAUGAUUAGCUUGAUGUGUGAGGGGUUCAUUUUCUUAUACCUUGGGCUUGGUCUAAUGUCAUUUGGAACUGUCUACGAUCCAAUUAUUGUUGGCUGUGCAAUUCUGGCUAUUCUUGUUUCUAGAACGCAUGUUUUCGUUAUUUGCUCGAUCCAGCGGUAUUUUCCCGGUCAGCAGUCCAUUCCCUUUAAUCAACAGACUCUCAUGUGGUUUUCUGGUCUUCGCGGCGCAGUGGCAUUUGCUUUAGGAGUCACCUUUCUUGAGCAUCCCAACUUUACCAAACUUGUUAAGGACCAAAUUUUUGGCACAACAGUUCUUGUUGUUGUCUUUACUGUGAUUGUAUUUGGUGGUCUGACUCCAUAUAUGCUUAAAUGGCUAAAAAUCACAUCGGAUGAUGAUGGUCAAGGUGAGCAUACUAUGCUUCCAACUCAUGAUGCUGGUGCAGAAGCUGCUCGUCGCGCCAAGGAAGAAGAGAAAAAAGCCGAGGAAGAAAAUACUAUUACAGAGACUGAUCUUGAGCAACCUGUCUUUGGAUGGCUGUACCGACUUGAUGCAAAGUAUAUUCGCCCACACUUUUCACACAAUGCAAAGGAUCAUAUCCAGGCUUUGGCUGUGAUUCAUCGUAGGGAAUCAAAAAUUGAAUCUCGACAGGCUUCAAUGAUGGACACUCAUGCUCAUAUUCGGUCAAGUUUCCAUAGCAUUUCUGGGUUCCAAAAUACUGUUCAAUCGCCUUCUACUUACUCGGCAAAAAAGGCUGAAGUAGCUCAAAACGACGAGUUUGAUGAUCAGGCCAAGUUGAUUGAUAAGACUACACACGCAGAAGAGAUUGCUCUUGAGGCUAUCAAUCUGAAUUAGGAAGCAGUUCGUUCAUUAAUUUAUCAGCUUCGUUUUGAACAAUGGUUUUUUACUUUUCAUUAAUUGAUCUUUUUAUCGUUUCCGACUUUUU